UUUGCUGAAACACCUCUGGACAUUCUAAGUUAGCCUCAAGGACUAACAUCCGAUUAUGGAGGAGCUAGAGUUAGAAGCUGAUUUGGACAGCGAUUCGAGCCAUUCGGGAGGCCGGUCCUAUAGGGCUCUGCGAAGCAGAAAAAAGGCUCGAUCGGAACGUGAAGCUAUCAAUAAAGAACAAAGAACGCUAUCAAAUCGUCUUCUUCACACCUACCAGGCAACUUUCAACAAGCUGGGAUUCGUUCUAGUUCGGAAGCCAGGGUUUUUCCUUUUCGGAUUUCUCGCAAUUGUUAUCGUUAGUUGCCUAGGAUUCAUUCGAUUUCGUGCGGACCCACCCUCAGUGGAGAGUUUUAUCACACCCAACAGCCAAUCUAGGAAAGACUUGCGUCAUGCGGCACAACUCUUUCCUCGUCUCGAUGCGCGGCAAGAAGAAAUCAUUAUGACCCCUAGGCUUGGUAACAACAUCUUGAGUUGGAAUUGUUUGAAGGAUGUUCUUCUCGUGCACUGGACCGUGGUGAACAUCAGUGGAUUCCAUGAAUUAUGCCUAAAGAAGUUGAAUCCAAAUCCGCAUCAUAAACUUACCAAACAACCUUGCAUCAUCAGCAGUCCACUCGAGCUGGCUGACUUUCAAUUGGAAAAGCUAAAAAACCUUUCUUCCAUUCUGGUUCGCGAGUUGAAAAAUCCGAGUAUGGUUCUCUCGACCGGUCAAACGUUCAAUUCUUCCUACAAAGAACUGCUGGAUAAUUUUCAAGCACAGCCAAAGACAUUUCCCCAGAGUUCAAGAGCCGACGCCCUUCGAGUCAUUUACUUCAUCAAAAUUGCAGCUAAUGGAAAAGAUAAGCAAAACAUUUUUGAUUUUGAAAAAUCAAUUGAGAAUCUCCUCUCUCAGAUUGGCCAUCGCUUGAAGUGCGUGUCACUCUCCUUCAACACUGCGAGGACAAAAACUGAUGCUCUUCAAAAUGUGUUGAAACCUGAAUUAUGGGCACUUUGUUUUUUUCCAUUUGCAAUGACUGUUCUUGUCUCUAUUGUCAUAUUCUUUUCUUCUAAGAAUCUCCGUUGGCCAUCAGCAGUCUUACUAAUGGCUAAUUCUAUUUUAGCCCCACUUUUAUGUUCUUCAGGUGUCCUAUCAAUGGCUCACAUAGCCCUUUUCCCUACUACCUUGUUUAUCCCUUUCUUUUUCUUGGCAAAAGGAACCUUAGAUGUUGUACAUUUCUUACUUGAAUGGGAAAGGCAGAAAACUAUAACAUCACUUGAACAUCGGGUCGGUAUUUGUGUCUCCAAAGUAGGAUAUCCCGCCAUGCUGUGUACAUUAUGUGGAACACUACUUUCCACAAUUGCAAUCAAAUCUUCGUUUGAUGUCAUUUCACAUUUUUUCCUGGCAAUGCUUGUCAUAAAUACAGUCACUUCCGUGACGUUUAUGGUGACAGCCAUUCUGCUGAUAUUUCUCCAUAAAAUGUCGAAGGCAACAAGAUCAACAGUAGUCAUUGCUGAUUCUGACAGUUAUGAACAACAUAGGGACCUAAUUCAGAUGAUUAAACCACCGCAUAUUCUGAAAGCGCUCACGCGGAUAAUGACGUCGUUUGGUGGAAAAACUGCCGCAGUUAUUUUCCUUGUCUGCAUCUUUAGUCUGUGCGCCUUGUCAGCCUUACAACUUCUCGACAAAGCAAGCAACGUCCAGUCACUUUAUCGAAAUGACAACUUCAAGAAGUUUCACAGUGCGCAAAAUACGUUUUUUACAAGCAAAGGGGACAUCAGUAUCCUUUUUUCCAAGAAUAUUGACUAUUCUAAGCCGACUGUACAAAAUGAAAUUGUGAAGAUUUGUGACAAACUCGAAACUUCCUCUUACAGCGAUGGAGUAUCAUCUUGUUGGAUGUCAGCGCUACGAAAGUGGGCGCUGUAUGAAAACAAGACCUGCUCUUACUCAGCAUUCUACAUGUGCCUAGAAGAGUUCCUGAAUCUAUCGCGUAACGCUCCGAUGCGGCAAGACUUACGUUUUGAACGUACAAAAACCCUUUUUAAAAUUUUGGCAUCUCGAGUUAAUCUGAAGAUGCCACUUUAUGACAGAUAUCAGAAGGACAAGAAAUCUAUGGAAUCAUUGAGAAAAGACUUAUUACAGUUUGAUUUGGAACCCGUUGCAGUAUCCAAGAAAUUUUUCGAUCUUGACGACUUGUUUUUGUUAAAACAGGAAGCGUGCGUCUUUGUUUUUGCAACUGCCACAGCUGUAGUUUUCUUAGUCUCCCUGUUAUCAACUCUCAACCUGGAGAUUAGCACCCUACUGGCUCUAACAAUGGACAUCCUAUUAUUGGAGGCAGCGGCUAUCAUGGUGGUGUUAGAGAUUCCUUUCAAUAUAAUAUCUAUUCUCCCUGUCUUUGCAACAAGUAUCGUGGCCCUCAAUUCUAGCAUUCAAGUUGCCUAUUCAUUUGUGUUUUCAACAAAGAUAGAAAUUAGAUAUCGAGUGAUCGAGGCCGUAUGUUCCGUUGGAUGGCCUGUGGUUUUUAGUUGGUUAGUAAUGAGCUGUGGCUCCGUGUCUCUAGGAUUCAUUUAUCCAAGUUUGGGAGACAUAUUUCACAGACUUCUUCCCCUGGUUUUUGCUCUUGGUCUGAUUCACGCUCUCGUUGUUUUGCCUGCAAUGAUUGUGUUAUUGACCGAAUUUGUGCAUUUUUUGAGUUCUCGAUGUAACGCGAAUACCUUGCCUAUGUCUGAGGAACAAAUCGACCUAGCGCCACUAUCUACAGGUGCACCGGAUGAUAACAAACGCCAAGUCAAGUCUAAACGCCCUGGUAUUUCGAUCGUCGGCAUCAGUUGCAGAUUCCCUGGAGCCAGCAACAAGAAUCUGUUUUGGGAUCUACUUCAACACGGGAAGAGUUUCCACGGAGCGUUCCCCAAGAACAGAACUGAGCAGCAUAGGUUGUUCUAUGAAUACUACAAUCCCAGGCGCUUUGUGAGUGGACGCCUCUGCGUUGUGAAUGGCUCCUACUUAGAGGAUUUAACACAGUUCGACAACAAAUUCUUUGGUAUUUCUGAUCAAGAAGCUCGUGCAAUGGAUCCUCAGCAAAGAAUCCUCUUACAUGUGGUUUAUGAAGCUAUCGAAGAUGCUGGUAUGCGACUUGAAGACCUGCAGGGAUGUAGGACUGGUGUCUUUGUCGGAGUGAUGAAUAUGGAUUAUACCGAAAUUGUAGGAUGCCCAUCAAACUACCAUAAUAUAGACCAAUUCACCGCAGUUGGUAACGCAAUGAGUAUUCUUGCCAAUAGAGUGUCCUUUUGCCUUAACCUAACAGGUCCGAGUAUUGUUGUUGAUACGGCUUGUUCGUCAUCAUUGACUGCUCUCAAGCUAGCCUCUGACAGUCUGCACAACGAGGAGUGCGAGGUAGCCAUUGUCUGCGCACCCAACAUUGUCCUUAGUCACGUUAAGCAAAUGGGGUCAAGUCUUGGUGGACUCCUAGCACCUGACGGACGAUGUAAGAGUUUUGAUGCCUCUGGCGAUGGUUAUGGCCGCGGUGAGGGUUUUGCAGCAAUUGUUUUGAAGUUGACUAAUGCAGCCUUGAGUGACAAAGAUGAUCCCUACUGCGAAAUUAUUGCCUGUGGUGUAAACAACGAUGGACAAAAUGCAGUACCGAUUACUGCCCCAAGUGCGAAAGUACAAGCCGAAUUGUCUAAGAUGGUCCUAGAACAGUCUGGAUUGACUGCAAAAGAUGUGGAUUACGUGGAGGCGCAUGGAACAGGUACUGCAAUCGGAGAUGUGGUUGAGGUCACCUCCAUAGCUGAUGUAUAUUCCAGAAAUAUAACAUCACCAAAGCGAAAAUUACGGAUCGGCUCCGUCAAGUCAAACCUCAAUCACACAGAAUCUACUUCCGGUCUUGCCGGCAUAAUCAAGGUGGCGCUGAUGAUAAAAAACAAGGAGUAUGUACCAACCGUCAACGUUCAGGUCUUAAAUCCAAAGCUAAAGCUGGAGGAAAACAAAUUAUCUGUGCAACAAACGACUGAGCCAUGGAUAAAAGAGGAUGGGAAACAGCGAGUGGCUGCUGUAAACUCGUUUGGUUUUGGUGGAUCAAACGUGCAUUUAAUCCUUCGCGAAAUUACUGCGGAGCAAAUGUCGCAUGAAGAAAGUGUUUUUUAUCGAAGUAAUGUUCUCACACUCUCAGCGCGUUCUAAAAACGCUUUACAGAAGAUGGCUCAUCAGUACUCUAAAUGGAUUGAAGAUAAUGUGGAGGAGAUGGAUGAAACCACUGUGGCAAACUUGUGUUUCUCUUUGAAUGAACGCCGUAGUCGGUUUCCGCACCGACUGGCAGUUCCCUUCAGCUCCAUUGCUGAAGCAUCUCAGUCUUUGUCACAAUUCGCUGAUGAAUCUGUGGGUUGGGAUAAGCUGGUUUCUUACGCCGAAGCGAGUUCCAACGACGGAAAAUUCGUUUUCAUGUUUGGUGGUCAAGGAUCGCAAUGGUAUGCAAUGGGGAGACAACUAAUUGAGUGUGAAGCCACCUUCAGAGACGCUGUCUCGGUGGUGAACAAUUUACUUAAGAAUCUAGGUGCGACAUGGAAUCUCAUGGAUGAGUUGAUGGCUACCGAAGGAGAGUCAAGAAUUUCUGAGAAUUACAUCGCUCAGCCGGCAACUUUUGCCAUCCAAUAUGCGACUGCAAAACUGCUAAUGUCAUGGAAAAUCCAUCCGUCUGCCGUCAUUGGGCACAGCUUAGGAGAGUUUGCAGCUGCCUGUAUUUCCGGCAUCAUUACUGUGAAAGAAGCAGUUCAAUUAGUCCUAGCUCGGUCCACCCUUCAAGAUAAAUGCGCUGAAGACGGUGGUAUGGCGGCUCUAGGCAUGUCCGAAGCAAAGGCGAGGGCGUUAUUGGAGUCUUUACAGUUAAGCCACAAGCUCGACAUAGCCGCAGUGAAUGAUGCGGACAGUGUUACUGUGGCUGGAGAAUCCCAAUCAAUUGAAAUUCUCGGUCAACAUCUGGCAGUGUACGCAAGAGAUAUCUUCUGGCGCAUUCUUGGUACUAAACGCGCUUUUCAUACCAUUUACAUGGAACCGAUUAAAGAGCCGUUUUUUACAGCUGUAAAACGUAUCAACCUGAAGCCUCAGCUGUCGAAAAUCCCGAUGUACUCUACGGUAAAAGGCGAAGUUCUGUCGGGCCAGCAGUUUAACAGUGACUAUUGGUGGCAAAAUAUUCGCUCUUCAGUCCAGUUUUAUCCAGCCAUGAAGCAAAUUCUCAGCAGUGGUUUCAAACAGAUCAUAGAGAUAAGUGCACAGCCAAUUUUAGCCCAUUACGUCAAACAGAUUGCUCGUCAAGAAAACCUGAAAGACCAAGAAACUCCAGUUGUUUUGGCAACACUUCCUCGAAAAAGGGUACCUGUCGAAGAUCAACAAAAAUCCUUCCUUCAAAACACGGUUUGUCAACUGUACACGAUGGGAUAUUCCAUAGAUUGGACUUGUGUGCAGAAGAAUCCAUCAGCAGAGUUUAUUCGUUCUCUCAAUUAUCCCUGGCUAGAGAAAAGCUUCUGGUACGACGAGCAUUCAACUUUUGCCACGAUCCCUCCUAUCGGAUCGAAGAAAACAGCAAAGGAAUCGUCACAUCCGUUUCUUCUCAAAGAGAAAAUGGCUGACCCCAACUCACACUUGCACUGCUGGGAAACUGAGAUUGACCUCCAUCGCUUUCCAACACUCAAGGAUCACUCUUUUAUCCAGGGAGGUGCCGUUAUGCCUGGAGCAGUCUAUUUGGAAAUGGCAUUUGGAAUGGUUAAGGACAAGUUCACAGACGUGGCUGGCCUGGAGCUUAGUGAUGUAAAACUCUUUAGUAUUCUUACCCUCCCCGAAACACAGGUUCGAUGUCUACGGCUUCGGCUUCAAAAUAGCAACAGAAUUAAUGAGGCUCAAUUUCACAUUACAAGUGUUCAGGAUGACGAGUCUGAAAUAAACUUGAGCCGGGGGAACAUCUCCAUAGAUCUGUUAGAAAGUCGCAACAGUUUUGAUAAUACAGUUCCCAUGCAAGGUGGUUCUACUAUAAAUGAGCUGAAAGUAAAUAUGGAACAAAUACCUGUGGAGAGCUUUAAACGACUAACAGAAAAGUUUGGCUUUAACUAUGGUCCCAAAUUCUCAUUAAUCAAACAGAUAUGGCAUCGAGACAACGAAGGAUUUUGUUUGAUUGACAUAAGUGAAUCGCCAACCAUUCAGAGCGAAAGCAGUGCUUACGUCUUACAUCCCUGCAUUCUAGAUGCCUGUCUUCAAUCCUGCUUCGUUGCCCUAGGAGAAUUAGAAGGCGAUGAUACAUCCAUUGUGCCUGUGGGGUUCAAGAGCGUUACCCUUAACCACGUUCCAUCUACCAACCAGCUUUAUUGCCAUGCCAUUGAGACCAAACUUGGAAGUUUUGAUGUUCGAUUGAUGAGUCCUUGUGGAAAAGUUUUGUUAACCAUGGGUGACUUCCGUUUAGCAGGGGUAAAGAGCACGCAACGUGAAUAUCCUUACGAGGAGCUUAGGUACGAAGUGCAAUGGAUUCAAGAUGAUUUACGAGAGAAGAAAAGGCUGGAACCACAUCUGCAUUGCCUAUUGCUGAAAGAGUCUUCUAGUUUUUCACAGACCUUAAUAAGAAGACUUCAGGCAGCUAAUGCAAACCUGACAACUCUUGACCCGCCAAGUGCUGGAGGUCUUAACAGCGCGGUAGAAGAAGCAAUAACGGCAGCCAUUUCUGACAUACCACCGGGAAAUUCCAUAAACCUUUGCAUCAUAAACAUGUGGCCAGUGGAGGCAACUAAUCGACCAGAUGACUUCAGCGCGAUCGAUGACGUCCAAAGCCUUGCUCUGCACAGUUCUGUUUUCUUAAUGAAGCUCCUGACGGAGAAGAAGUGGCACAACUGUCGAAUCUACCUCGUCACCGAGCGUACACAGAUGUUGGAUAGCUUAGAAAAGUUUCCAGAGACAAAUUCCUUUCCUUGGUGUUCUACAAUCUGGGGUUUUCGACGCACAGCAGGCGUCGAAGACCCAAACUUCACACUCAAAGCUGUUGACAUCAGCAACAAAAGGGACAUGCCCGAUGUAGAUUCACUUAUAGAUGAAAUUGUGAGUGAAAGCAAUGAAGAAGAGAUAGUCUUUCGUGACGGCAAGCGCUUUGUUAAUCGCAUCCUGAGAUCGGAAAUUUCCUCGGAACAACCCACAGCCAAUGCAGCGAAAAGCAAAGAAAAGACCUCUUGGUACCUUUCAAGAAACCCUUCUUCGUGGACGAUCUGCCUGCGUGAGAGCAGCCUUUCGAAGCCAUCGCACUCUGAAGCUACAAUAAACCUUCUUCAUUGCUGGACUCCUUCCGAAUCUAUCAUUGAUGUCUCCAGACCAAACGGAAGCGUCUUCAUUCUUGGAAAGGUGACUGAUUUAUUGGAAAGGAGCUCAAACGCUUUGAAGAUUGGAGACGAAGUUUGUGGUAUCAUGUCCUCAGGCCGGGUUUCGCGCACCGUUACCAUUCCUAUCAGCAACGUGUUUGUUAAACCAACCAGUUUAACAGGACAACAAGCCACAUUUAUUCCUGGCAGUCUAGCUAUAGCUUUGUACGCCCUUCAAAGAGCAGCAGAAGCAGAAAAAGGAAGUCGGAAGUUACUGAUACAUGAAGCUAACCGUGGUCCUGGGCCUGCAGCAGUUGUCAUUGCGAACGCAUUAGGGCACAAGGCAUUCUGCACCAUUUCUGACGCUUGUAGUUCGGAUACAAAAACUACUCUCAUUGAGAUGGGUGCAGAACGCGUAGUACAUCAGAGUUCCUGUGGUCUCCAUGACGAUUUCAGUCACAAUUUUGAUGCCGUGGUAUUUUUUUACCCACCUUCCCCCAACUUACUUCAGAAAAGUAGUCGUUCUCUUAAGAGAGGCGGACGUGUUAUCAUUCUGAGUUCCAGGUUUCAGGGUGACGUUGUGUUUAAUGCAGAAACCAAUGUCACAUAUGAGAGAACAGAAGUGGUAGAUGUCCUCAGAGUUCCUCGGGUCUACCAAAAGCUCAGUGCAGAAAGUCUUCAGAUGCUAGGAAGGACAGGAAAUCUGGGAAAACUUCUAAGAUUGCAGUCAGUAUCUAGUGAAGUAGGAGAGGCCAUCGAAACAGCAAACGCAGCCCUCGUAAAUCCGUCAGUUUCAAGCAGUCAGGUGAACGCAUCCACUGGUAUAUCAUUUCUGCUCUAUUCCUUUCUAUCAUCUCAAAAGGAGAGCGCCUUUGACAAGAUUCCUGUCCUACCACGUGGUUUAGAUGAAUGUGGCCUAAGAGAAAACAGAACGUACUUGGUAGCAGGGGGCAUCCGAGGGUAUGGAUUUGAAGUGGCUCGCUGGAUGGCAGAGAAUGGAGCAAAGUCGAUAGGACUCAUCAGCCGUUCUAAACCCUCGAAUGAAAAACUUCAAGAAAUCCGAGAGUUGGAAAGGAGGACUAGUACAAAGAUCCAUAUUUUUCAGAUCGACAUAUCUGACAAGGAUCAAAUGUUGUCUCUCAAAGAGCAACUUAAAUCUCUUCCGAGCGUGGCUGGCAUCGUGAACUCUGCUAUGGUCCUUAAAGAUCAAUUCAUAAGGGAUUUCACUUUUGAAAGUUUCAGUAUCGUCAUGGGUUCCAAGAUUAAAGGUUCAUUCUUACUGCACGAAAUGAGCCGGGACAUGGAUUUGGAUUUCUUUGUUAUGUUCUCAUCCAUUGCUUCAGUCUUGGGAAACAUGGGACAGACGUCAUACGCCGCUAGCAACCACUUCCAAGAUGCUCUGGCGGAGUAUCGAAGAAAGGUGCUUGGUUUACCGGGAUUGGCGAUAAACUGGGGACCCAUUUCUGGAGCUGGAGUGAUGACACGAGAUAGUCAUGUUGCUAAGCUGAUGACUAUGGGAGGAUUAGGCUUCAUACAUGCCAAAGAUGGAGUUAAGUAUAUGGCGAGAAUCCUCACUGAGGAACCGAGCCGCUUCCAACUUAUGCUGUGUGGACUGGACUGGCCCCGAUACCAGAAGACUUAUGAGGGCUUGAGGAAGACGCCCCGACUAUCAGCUAUAACUGCUGAACAAAAUAUUUCUGAGAAUCAAUCCAAUUUAGCUGUGUCUCUAGUGGAACGGAUUAUGAUGGAGAGGGACUCUGAGAAGAAAGAGGCACUUGUUUUAGAGUACCUUGUUUUGGUUCUUCAAGAGCGGACAGGGCUUACAAAUCUCUCCGAAACAGAUUUCAACAAGAACUUGUAUAGCUAUGGCAUUGAUUCUACAGGGGCUCUAAUUCUAAAAAUGCAUUUUGAAGCUGAACUGGAGGUCUCUUUUGAGGUUUUCUAUUUCAUGCAGCCUGAUACUACCCUGAUCAAAAUGUCAAGAGACGUCACAGCACGGCUCAGUGGCCAAACACCAAGCGGACUACCUCAAGAUACUCAAAGUCAAGAAAGUGCAAUUGAACCGGCACAGGCAAUGGCGGACACAUCAUCACUUAGUAAUGUGACGCAGCAGCAGAUCCAGGUCGUUCCUUUGCACACUCCUGCCACCUCAGCUGUAAACUUUUUCUGUGUCCACCCCUCUCACCGUUAUGCGAUGAAUUUGGUGCCGAUUUCCACAGGAUUUCAAGGACAGGAUCUGGUCUCGUUUUACGCUCUGGGCUUCACCGACCCAACAGCAGUCAGUGAGGACUGGGGUACAGUACGUGAGCUUGCCACACAUUAUGUUCAGCUGAUCAUGAAUAAACAACCACAUGGACCGUACUUUCUUGGCGGGUAUUCAUACGGAGGAAUUGUUGCUUACGAAAUGGCCUCCUUGUUGACAGAGAGGAAUCAAAGCGUUGAGUUCGUGGCCAUGAUUGAUACAUUUCCAUGGAAUCUGCAUACACAGACUAUAAGCGCAAGAAUGGUUACCGUUCAGGAGGAUGCAAAUGCCUCACAUCGACACGUACAGUUUCAAUUUGAGAACCAUCUGAGAAAGGUUGCACUAGACACCCUGAUGAUGACAGCUCAAGAAUAUCAGCAUUUGCAGGAGAAUUGCACGCAAGACCAGGUUAUGGAUGAACUACAGAGUAUGUGCCAUGAGAAAGGUCUCUUUACCUACGACUUAAAAGCUCUCAGAGAGUCGUUACUGGUGAAUCAGAGAAUAUCUGGCAGAACGCACCUGGCGUGGCAGCCUCAGGAGGUCCGUUAUCGCGGUCCUCUUACCUAUCUUAAAAGUCAAAACGAGCGCUUUUCGCCAUGGUCACCCACUUCAGUAGAGGAAAUAUGGGGUCCACUGGUGGAUGGAGGUUUUACCGUACUGGUUUGUCCUGGGGAUCACUACUCCUUGAGUGAGCUACCUAACGCUGAAGUUACAGGUGGUAUCUUAGCAACAGCCAUCUCGUUCACCUAUCGUUCGAUGUUCCCUGAAAUUGCCAGACCUACAAGAACUUUCAAUCAAAGGCGAGCCGUGGAAAAACUUUGCCGUGGAGUACGCGUGUUCCUUCACUCCAAAAAUGGUAAAAAAAUGCCGCAUUUUGGAGAACUUCAUCUCCAGGAAGUUGCCGGCAGACUGGAGCUGAGAUCCAAGGCUAACGAAGGAGAAAUGAAGGAGAACCAGAAAACUAAGAAGAUCAUCGACCUGAAGGACCUACGAAUGGUCCUGCCAGGGCGACUCGUCUCCAGCGCCCUCAAAUUUGCCGGGCGAAAGCGUAGAGCUGGAGCACAUCAGAGCGGGAACCUGGAGCAAGUUGCGUCAGUAAUCACGGGUCGCCGUGAUUACAACUUAGAAUUCACGGAUUAUUCCGAUUUGAAAGCGUUUUACCGCAUGGUUGAAGCUGUAUUUGCAGUUAAAUUGUUAACUAGUUAGUACUAAGUGUGGUCCAUAAACUUUGCUUAGGAUCAGAUCAGUCGCAAAUACGAGGUUUUUUUCCAUAACAGCUAGUUUGUUAACCGAAGAGUUUUAAAUAUAUUAUCAAGCAGAUCGAGGUUAAACUUCAGUAAUUCAGGAGUAGUCUGUAGUAAACUAUAGAUAGCACUCACUCGUAACUCUUUCUAAAGAGAAGAAAAGUAGCUAGCAUAUGUUUCUUUUGUUUUGAAUGACCAUAAUCCGAAAAAAAGAUAAAUUUCAGGUCUUGUCAUCAAACUUUUGGUAAAUUGGUCAGGUAUCAUCAUUUAUUAGCAUCGUUUAUCAUGUAUCAAACUUUGAAGUGUUCGAAUCUAACGUAAGCUAACACUCAAUCGUGUAGAUUAAUCAUCUAUUCUCUACAAAGAUUUAGAACCACUUUAAAAAGGCUAAUGGCAUCGUUUUGAACUGCUAUACUUUCUACCUUUCAGUCAUUUGUAGCUGAACAUCCACAUAUGUAAUGAGUACAUGGCAAAUAUAUUUCCCAUUGUAUCUGAUUAAGGAUUAGGAGAAUAAUUGGCCACGUCAGAAGAAAUUCUUUUAGUUACGGUAUUGGCUUGGUUUUAAAGCUAUCAUAAGAUGGGGUUGCUGGAGUCAUUCUAUAACACUGAGGCUCUUGGACAAUACACGCUCCUUCGACGCUCCUAGACGGUACACUUUACGUUUUGAAAAAAUAUACAGGUGAAAGUGGCAAUCAAAACAAAAGUUUAAACAGGGUUUAGGGUUACCUUUCUCAGCAUAAAUGCAUGAAGAAGGUUGAGAAGUAUAAAUUUUCAAAUUAUUAGUUGUGGAAUCGAAAAUAUAGCUUUUACAACUUAUUACAAUCAAACCCCGACGAGUCACCAACCAACCAGAUCGGAGCAAUGUUCAAUUCAGUAUAAUAAAAUGUAGAAUUCAUUGUUGUAAAGCUCAAUUCAAUAUUAGAAUUAAAAUAGUGAAUUGAUUACA